AUGUCAUCUGCAGCAAAUAAUUUGAACUAUAUUGCCAUGAUGUAUAAUCGAUGUUUCUGUUACAUUGUUACACCUCUUGGCAUCGUAGGUCACCUUUUGAAUAUUUAUGUAUUUACUCGUCCUUCAUUAGUAUCAAAUCCAUGCAGCAGAUACUUUUUAGCAGCUGCUAUUGUUGGUAUCAUGAACACAUGUUAUACCGUACCUAUCAGAAUGAUUCAAACUGGAUAUGUCAAUGCUGAUCCGGGAGCAUAUUCGAUUGUGUUUUGCAAAAUAGGAUGGCUAUUUUUAUACGCAUUAAGAGCAUCAGCAUGUUGGUCGAUGGUUUUAGUUUGUGCUGAUCGAUAUUUAUGCAGUGCUGCAUCCACAACUAUGAGAGCAAUGAGUAGUGUACGUGUAGCUAAUCGAGCCAUUCCUCUAACUAUUUUGAUUAUCUUUAUUGCAUAUAUUCAUGUGCCUAUCUUCUUCAAAAUCGACUUCGUAUCAGCUACUCAAACGUCCACUUGUAACUCUCGAGGACCAGCAGGUGCUUAUCGCACUAUUUUAUACUAUUUUGAUCUAAUAGUUUAUGGUUUAUCUCCAUCAUUUUUCAUGCUUCUAUUUGGUUUACUGACAUUAAGAAAUGUUCAGCAAUCGAAACGACUCAUUGUCAUGCCCGUAGCUAACCAAACUAACCGCAAGACUAAUAAUCAGAUGCUACGUAUGUUGAUCGUUCAAGUAUUGGUAUAUUGUGUAACGGGAUUAGUAUUUUCUGCUACAAUAAUUUAUACAUCAAUGAAUCCACCAACAAAUAGUUUUCAAGUGGGUCAAUAUAACAUGGUCUAUGCAGUGGUUGGUAUGGGCUCGAAUAUUGGUCCUUGUCUAAGUUUUUAUUUAUUUACACUUUCAAGUGCACUGUUUAGAAAAGAGCUUAAAAAUCUUUUUUGUCGAGGUAACCGAAUUCAUAACCAGACACAACAACAUAUAAUGCAAGCAUCCAAUACAGCUCGUGCUCCAACAAGAAACAAAACUUAA